AUGUAUUUAUCGACCGCGAAACUUGAUGCCGAGGCCAUAUCCUUUCUCAGUAUACCGAUACACCAGUCAAUAACUUUUGAGCCAAAUGUACAUACUACCGGCGAUUCUCAGAUUCAACGUUGGUCAUCACUGAUUGGGAUCGUCACGGCAAUUGUGGGAAAUAUCCUCAUAUCUUUCGCCCUGAACAUACAGCGAUAUGCGCAUAUAAGGUUACACGAUGGAGAGAUACGACGGAAGGAAAGGCUGAGGGCUAUUUCGAAAUCUGCGGGUGGCUACGGAGCGGGUGUGAAUGGAAGUCUGAUCGUUGAAGAGGAAGAUGAAGCAGAUGAAGCAGAUGAAGAGGAACCUUUACUACGAUCAUUCCACUCCGAAAACUCCCAAUCUUCGACUUCCACAGAGGAUAAUCAUGGGCGUAAAAAAUCGACAUAUUUACAAUCUCCAUACUGGUGGGGAGGUAUUGUCUUAAUGACGAUUGGAGAGCUAGGGAACUUUUUAGCAUAUGGCUUUGCGCCGGCAUCAAUUGUUUCUCCUUUGGGUGUCGUCGCUUUGAUAUCCAAUUGUGUCAUAGCUCCUAUCAUGUUAAAUGAACAAUUCCGGCUCAGGGAUUUCUGGGGGGUAGUAGUUGCGGUUGCUGGUGCUGUCACAGUUGUGUUGAGUGCUAAGCAAGAAGAAAAGAAAUUUGGACCUCAUGAAAUUUGGGGAGCCAUUACCACCACAGAGUUUGAACUUUAUAUGGGUAUCACAGUACUUUUAAUCGCAAUCUUGAUGUGGGCAAGCCCGAGAUAUGGCAGGAAAACGAUACUGGUGGACCUUGGGCUCGUGGGGUUGUUUGGAGGGUAUACGGCUCUUUCAACGAAGGGCGUUUCUUCGAUGCUUUCGUCUACUCUAUGGAGAGCUUUGACAACUCCAGUCACAUAUGCCCUAGUGCUUGUUCUCGUCGCUACUGCUAUCAUGCAGGUUAGAUAUCUGAAUAGGGCUCUUCAACGUUUUGAUUCAACCCAAGUCAUCCCCGUCCAAUUCGUCAUCUUCACAUUAUCAGUCAUUACUGGCAGCGCGAUUCUUUAUCGUGAUUUUGAAAAAGUCACUAGUGAGAAUGCAGUAAAAUUUAUUGGAGGCUGUCUGUUGACAUUUUUCGGCGUGUGGCUCAUUACUAGCGGUAGACCACCGCAUGAUGAAGAUGAAGAUGAGAGUGAGGUGGAUAUUGAAGGGGAGGAAGAAAGGAUCAGACUUGCCCCUCAGGAAGCUACUGGUGAUGAAGUGUUAUAUCAUAAUGGAUCACGGAAACUGUCUAGUCUUCAGCCGACGUCUAAGCCGAGUCUCAUUCAUGCUGGUGAUGGAUCAGUUGAUGAGGAGGCAAUCCAGCAGUCGAGGAGAUCAUCACAUGUCAGCUUUGCCAAACCAACAUCACGACCACAAACGCCACAAAAACCUUCAUCAAAGCAUCCAGCAGUGCGGCUGCAUACCCCGGGAUCAUCUGACGAGCGGUCUGCAAGUGUUGAUAAUCCUUUACCUUCAAAUCCAUGGUUGGAUUCCAAUGAAAAUCUACUCCAAACACCAAGACAUCCGGGAAUACAAACCAGCAUUUCUUCUCCGGUUCUUCCAUCCGAAGCCCAAUCACCACCUCCUUUGAGACCCCCUACUACUAGAAAUAAUACACAAUCCCACUUUCAUACUCCUCCAAGUCAGCAAAACAGCCCUUCACCACCUCAAGCAGAACAAUCAAUGACCCCAGCAAGUUAUUCGAUAGCCCGCAUGCUUCCUGGUCCAUUACUAUCGCCCCUCUCCGGCGGGUUAAGUGUGGUAAUAGCAGAUUCAUUAAGACGUGGGGUUGAUUCCCCUCGCAGCAAAUCACAAAGACGACCGCAACCCGAUCUUCGAAGAUCUAAAUCGGUAUCUCAAAGACUUAUCCAAGCAAGUGAAAGCACAGUUGAUGAUGAGGAUGUCGAUGUCGAUGCACCUCUAAAGGAUAGUGAAGCAGCACAAGAUGUGGAAGAAGGUGAAUCAUUCAAGCGUGCAAUAAGAACACGAGCUCGAAGCUUAAGUAAUACACUUGGGGAGUUUUUAAGAGGGAGAUCAAGGGAUGAGAGGGUUGAUGAUGAGGAGGCAGGUCCAAGCGGAUCAUAA